GCCAUGGACUUGGGCGCAGAGGAGUUUGAGCAGAACCUCCCCUUGCUGCAGGAGCUUGUCCAGGACGCGGACUUUGUGGGUCUGGACAUAGAGUUCACUGGCCUUCGUUCUAGCCUUUCCGGACCGCAGCAGAUCAGUCUUUUUGAUUUGCCAUCCGAGUGGUACCUAAAGACCCGCCAGAGUGUUCAGCAGUUUACCAUCUGUCAGAUUGGAUUGUCUGUAUUUUCCAGUAUCGAAGGAGAGUUCAACAAGUAUGUAGCCCAUUCAUAUAACUUCUUUCUCUUCCCUACAACAUUUGGGAUUUUGGAUUCGGAAUUCUCUUUCCAGGCUUCUAGUGUUCAGUUUUUGAAUCAGUACGGCUUCAACUAUAACAAGUUUCUUAAAAAUGGAAUCCCAUAUAUGAAUGAAGAACAGGAGAAAAAAAUUAAGCACAACAUCCUGACAGGGAACUGGAGAGUUCGCAGCUCUCUGGAUAAAGACCAGAUCAAGGUGGUGAUUGAUGAGGUGACGCGAUGGCUGGACCUAGCUGAGGAAGGUGACCGGAUGACUCUGCCUGGUAUUGCUGGGUUCCAGGCCUUUGAGGUCCAAUUGGUGCUGAGGCAGGCCCUCCCCAAUAUCUGGACGAUGCUGAAAGAUCAGGGCGUGGUGGUGAAGAAGGUGAGUCGGCAGCAUCGCUGGUAUCUUGAGAACGCCUCUUGUGAUCGAGCCAGUUGUUGGAAGGAGCAGAUUCUCCUCUCUGCGAGGGGUUUUUCUGUUUUUUUCCAGAUGCUGGUGAAAGCCCAGAAGCCCUUAGUGGGGCAUAAUAUGAUGAUGGAUCUGUUGCAUCUCCAUGAGAAGUUCUUCAGACCUCUCCCAGAAAGCUAUGAUCAGUUUAAGCAGAAUAUCCAUGACCUGUUUCCUGUUCUCAUUGAUACCAAGAAUGUGACAAAGGAUAUCUGGAAGGAACUGCAUUUCCCACGGGUCUCCAAUCUCUCGGAGGUGUACGAAGUGCUGAGCAGUAACUUGAAUCCCACCAAGAAUUCUGGACCAGUGAUUGUUCAUGCGAGCAAAUGUGAAAAAUAUGCCCAGAACAAGUGCCCCCAUGAAGCAGCAUAUGAUGCCUUUCUUUGUGGGUCAGUUCUUCUGAAAGUGGCUCACCUGCUCCUUCAGAGGGUGCACAGUGCUUCCCAGCUUGGUGUGUUUGCUGUUACCCCAUGAAACUCCAAAUUGGAAUUUUGAACGUGUUUCCUGUGACAGCAGCAUCCCCCAUGCCUCCAGCACUGGGCACAACAGGGGCACCAAGUGCAUGCUGUACAUGUGCCUUCCAUAGACCCAGGCUGGGGACCCUUGCUCUAGGACUUGGCAGGCCCAGCGAAGGAGCUAAUCAGACUCUGGCCUGCUCCUCAGGACUGACUUAGCAAGGCAACUUUGAUCUGUGCUCGGUGAACUACCUAUACUUGUCCAGUUUUGGCAAUGGAUGUGAUAAAUACAAAUGUUCUAUGUCAUGUUGAUGUGAGUUUUAUAACUUAAAUGAGAAAUCUACCAGUCUGGAGUCUCGUAAUGCAUCAAAGAAUUUUUUCUGAAAUUUUUUUUUCUUUUUCUAAAAAUUAGAAAGGCCCUCCUCCUCCCCCCCACCUCCACGGGGGGAAAAAUUCCACCAGCCCAUCUUCCUCCUUCCUGUAGUUUGGCAAUGUCUGAGUGCCCAAGUGCCCACUGGCAGAUGGUGUGUGCUGGGCAGGAAGAAGCUUCCAGCAGAAGGGCGGGCACCUUUCAAUUCCGCUGAAAGCUCUCCUCUAUCUAGAGAAGCCUCUGGCUGUCCUGCCUGGUUCCCGACCAGUGCUCCCCCAGGGCCUGCCACAAGGGCUGGUCCCUGGAAGGGUGGGGCUGAUGGGUCCAGUAAAGUCAGGCGAGGGAUGGCCAUUUGGGGUCAAGUAGAGUCGUGCUGAGGAAUGAUGAAGUGGAGCCCCCUCACAGGCUUCUCGCUGUCUGAGCCUGCCUCCAGUGCUGGUCAGGGAGCGUCACAAAACUGUCACAGAGGGUGACCCUCCAGAAGCUCCGCUCUUUCUGGAGAGGGCUCUUUCAAAUCAGCCAGUUGGGAAGCCCACUGACAUGGGCACGAGUCUUGGGGGUGGAGAAUUGCCCAAGGCAGCCGUUUCCCUGUGUCGCCAGAUCCUUGGCUAUGGCGAGGACAGUGGAUAAGUGCAUUCCUGAGCGCUUUGGC